CCACCCCCACCCACCCCGGACCUGGUUUACGGCUCCGGACUCAGGCUCCAGUGCGGCUGCUGAUUGGCUGCUGAAGGCUUGGUCCCAUCCCAGUGACCCCAAAGUGCUGGAGGGAGGGGGCGGGGGUGGCCCAGUGCAAAGUGCAUCCCGAAAGCCCCCUGCCUGGAGCCCCUGCGGCUGGCACUUCGGACCCUGUAUGACCCGGGACCUCGCUGCCCCGAGACCUCUCGUGUGCCCCGGUAGCUGGGAGCCUCCGGCCCGGAGCGCGGCAGCCCCCUGCUCCGAGCCCUCAGACCGGGACUGCCCCCCCCACCCGAGCCGGGACUUCCUCCCUGCACCCCUGCCCCGAGGCUGCCCGGCGGUCAGGACCGUCGCCCCCAUUCUGCUCGGCUGUCUGGAUGCUCGGCGGGCUGGGGCCGUGAGGCACCAAGAAGGAUCAGGAACACCCGUGUCCGGCCCUGCCUGGGAUGUUUGUUCAAUGGAGAAGUUGGUGAGUGUGGAGAAGGCUGAAAGGAGGAAGAGAAGCAGCAGCUGAGGAGACAGGUUUGAGCUGGCUAGAGGAGACGAGAGAGCAGGAAGGGUCAAGCCACCCACCAGAGAAGCAGCAGAGAGCCUCUGACCAGCAUCCUGUAUAAAGGUUAAGAAAGCUCAAUCACGCUGCAAUCUGGACACACUCUGAGCCUUCUCCUCACAAUGCUGUAUGUGCACAAUGGUUAUUAGGCAAUCCACGUAUCAGAAGAAGGGACAUUCUUCCACAAGGCUGUUCCCUGUGACCUAAUGAAUCCUUGGUAAAAAGUGGACUCAGCUAGGAUGUUACACCACCAUUGUCGAAGGAACCCUGAACUCCAGGAAGAAUUGCAGAUUCAGGCUGCAGUGGCUGCCGGGGAUGUUCACACAGUACGAAAGAUGUUAGAACAAGGCUAUUCUCCAAAUGGCCGGGAUGCUAAUGGCUGGACCCUUCUUCAUUUCUCUGCAGCAAGAGGGAAGGAAAGAUGUGUUCGAGUAUUUCUAGAACAUGGAGCUGAUCCUACAGUUAAGGACUUGAUCGGAGGCUUCACUGCUCUUCAUUACGCAGCUAUGCAUGGCCGGGCCCGGAUCGCACGCCUGAUGUUAGAGUCUGAAUACAGGAGUGACAUUAUUAAUGCCAAAAGUAAUGACGGCUGGACUCCCCUCCAUGUGGCUGCUCACUAUGGGAGGGACUCUUUUGUCCGACUUCUACUGGAGUUCAAGGCGGAGGUCGACCCGCUCAGUGAUAAAGGCACAACACCACUUCAGCUCGCUAUCAUCCGAGAGAGGUCAAGCUGCGUGAAGAUCCUCCUGGACCACAAUGCCAACAUUGACAUCCAGAACGGUUUCCUGCUGCGAUACGCUGUGAUCAAAAGCAAUCACUCUUAUUGCCGAAUGUUCCUUCAGAGAGGAGCAGACACAAACUUGGGUCGCUUAGAAGAUGGACAGACUCCUUUACAUUUGUCUGCCCUUAGGGAUGAUGUGCUUUGUGCACGGAUGUUAUAUAAUUAUGGAGCGGACACAAACACAAGGAACUAUGAAGGACAGACCCCAUUGGCUGUUUCAAUAAGUAUUUCUGGAAGUAGUCGACCAUGUUUGGAUUUCUUACAAGAAGUCACAAGACAGCCCAGAAACUUACAGGACCUGUGCCGAAUUAAAAUUCGACAAUGUAUAGGCCUUCAAAACCUAAAGCUACUUGACGAACUACCAAUUGCCAAGGUCAUGAAAGACUACUUAAAACACAAAUUUGACGAUAUCUGAUGUACACAGAACUGUGAGCAAGAUUAGGAGUUAUAUUCCAGAUACUUAAAAGGCUUUUUGCCUUGCACAAAGUAUAUCCUAUGCAAUUUCUGAUUUGCUGUGAAGUCAGAAAGCAGGUAUACACUUUUAGGUUUUUUGUUUGUUUGGUUGGUUUUCAUGGUAGGGGAGGGAUUUUUUUUAUAUAUAUAUAUAUAUAUAAACACACACACACACACACACACACACACACACACACACAUCCCACAUGCUUGAAGGUCUUAAUUUGGUUUCUUGGUCCAAGUUUAAGAGGUCCAAGCUUUCUAUACAAUAUUGCAUUUACAAAACUUGUUUUUCCAAAAUGACACAAGCAGGGCUGAAGUGGAGAAUUUACCCUUUCCAAAUUUAUGGUUUCAUGGGCGCGCACGACGGUAUGAACCAGCAGAGCACUUGUUAAGGUUUGGAGGCACAGCUCCACCUGGGGUGGGGGGGUGGGGGGGACCCUGGGUUCUACUGGAAAAUGCCCGAAGAAAUUUUUAAAGUAAUGCUGUCACCUCAUUCAUUUUUAAUGAGUACAAAUUGGCGGUUUCAAACUGUUCCUUUCCUAAUUAAUGUAGCUUUCGGAUGACAUAAAUCCAGUACCUCUGCUUUCCUGUUGGUGUGCUCUUAUUUUUUAACUUAUUUUUUUAACAACUGUAGUACACUACCCGGAGACAUUGGAACUCGACUUCUGUCUCUAGUUGAAUCGUGCUUUUAAAAAAAAAAAUUAAUGGAAAAAGAAGAUAACUUUAUAAAGCCAGUGUGUUCUGUUUUUAAAACAGUGCCUCCGUGCAAUACUCUUUCUGGUGUAUUUUAUCCAUUAUUUCACUUGAUGUUUCUCAUUCCACAACCGGCUCCAACAUGCCCACAAGGACAGGAACCUCUACUUUUAAUUUUAAUUGCAGAACCAUAGUGUGUCAGUUGCAAUUUCCAUUGUAAGCUUUGUCGUUCACUUUAAGCAGAAAAUUUCAUAUCCUGGUGGUAGAGUCUUCCCUAAAAAUAGCCCAAAAUAUUGUCAAACCAUUUGGCUUUAACGGUUCAAUAAUUCGGGGUGGUUUCAUGGUGUUUUCUUUUUUUCUUUUCUUUUUUUUCCUCUUCCCAGUUUAAAAAAACGAUUUCUAAAGGGUACAGUUUCGAAUGGGUGCGCAGUUGUAAGUCUGGUUAAUUCCUGUUAUGCUAAUUAAACAUUUCCUAUUCAUUUUAAGGUUAUGCACAGUGAAACUCUUCUGGACGGUCGUUUUAUUUUCUGGGUUGAUUGGGCAUACGUUUGCAGUGUAAACAUGGUUAUGAUAAUGUGUAACAACGGGAAAGGUUCCAGAAGCAUUAGGGAUCUAUGAUGAUGCCCUUAGAAAUGUGUUCUGUGCUUGAUUUGUCAUCAUAUUGGUUUCAGAAGAACCUUUUCAAAUAUCCCAGUAUUGUUCUUAGUGCUUUGGGAAAUUUCAAAAUAUUUACACACUAGUAAUAAAUUUGUUAUCAGAAGUUUACAAGAUGAAGGGCUUCUCUCGUCUGAAUUUCUGGUUUUAAGUCAUUCAGUAUAAAACGUUUUCAUCUGGAAAGUGCAAGCAAGAAUUAAGAAUCUACUCUGGCUUUACAUUUUUUAGAGAGCCAGCAGUGCCAUUUUCUCAAGCACAAAGUCUGUUCUCUUGGAUGCGGAGUAGCUUUGGUGUUGGAGUAUCUGAUCUGCUGUAGGCAUUGCAUAGGUUUAUGAAGAACAAGAACGGGCAGCUUUGGAACCAAUGAUUUGGGGAUUGCUGAUGGGGUACAUGGACUCUUUUGCGGGGAGCCAGUGAGAGCGUGGCCAGUUUUAUAACCAUUCCAAAACUAACUGGAACCUGAUAGAUAGAAAUGGGUCAUCUCCAUCUUCCAAGAGAGAGAGUCCCUUUUGGAAGUCAACUGUGUUCUCAUUCUUUUAACCAGUGCCCAAGUCAGAACUGAGACAUACUUGCAGCAUCAGGGGCAUGGCAUGGCCAGAAAUGAAUUGAGUGUUACUUCCCCCUCAAAGCCCAGGCCUUAGGGAGGCGAGGAGCCGGGAGGGCGCCUGGGACCCUGCACUCUGAGCAGGAAUAUUAACAUUACCGUCACACAGGGCUUCUUUCCUCAAACGUGUGUAUUCAUUUAUUCAGGUAAAUUAAAAUGAUUUCUUUCCCCAGCCAUUUGGAGGUUUCCAAACUAAGUUAGCCACUGAGUUUGAGUCAGGGAAUUCCAAGUAAGAUCAGAUUAAAGUAAAUUCUUUGUUCUGUAUUGCUGCUGCAACUUCGGAAAAAAAUUAUGAGAGCUCUUCCUGGAAUUGAAAUUUCUAUUUAAUGAAGAAGUGGAUAAUUCCAUUGUUUAUUGUUUGAAGUUUGAUUUACCUGGAAGCUUAAAGAGAAUGUUUUGGUUUUGUUAGUGAAAUCCCAAUCACAUACGCUAUUCAACCACAACUAAAACUUCAGUCUCAAAGGUGGUAACCUGUAGAAUACAGGGACAAACGUGCAGGUCCGCAUUUGAAUUUAAUUGGCAGGGAUGCAUUCUGUGGUCACGUCAUGAGUAGAGAGAACAAGUAUUUUCAGAAGAUCAACUGAUUGGUUUUUCCUGAAUCUUCACCACAGUGUUCCAAACAUUAUCAAAUUUGUCACUGAGCCUUCUAUGUUCCUUUUGGAAUUUAUUGUUUAAACCUAUUCUUAAACCUUUAUAAAAAUAUAUUUGGCAAGUACACCAAAGAAACCAACUCAUAAAAGAUUAUGAUCAUUAAUGAACUGCCAACCUCAUCUUUUGAAAACAGAAGAUUUUUUUUGUGUGUAAAUAUUUGUGUUUAUAAAUGUACAGCAGAGUUAAGAGUGUUUUUUAGGUUAUUUAAUUCCCAUAUUUCUAAACUAUUUACUACAGAAUAAUCCACGCUUGUUAGUUUGGAGGACUUGACUGUUUUGUUUUUUUUAAUUCAUUAUCAGUCAUGCUUGGAACAGCAUUUCCGCUAGAGAAUUCAAUGUUCUGGCAGGAGAAAGAGUCCACAUCUGGAGCCUGAGGAGUCUAGAGUGAUUUGUCAGACGCACACCCUAAGAGACAAGAAUGUAUAGUUUCAUUACCAGAGUGGACCGUAUGCAAACAGAUUCUAACUUCCCUGCAGGUUUGCUCAGUAGCCCAGAAUGUGAUUGGGAUGAGGCCCUUUGCCCACAAAUUUAGCUUUCAUGUAACUCCUAGUGUUAUAUCAUAAUGUAUUUUGUUCUUCCUUUGUAAUGUAAGUUUUGCUUUGGGUCAAUUUGAAUUAAAAAAAAAAAAACUUAAAUCUGGUUUAAAA